UGGUGAACACAGACCCAGAGAUGCAGGCGGUAGGCCGGCCCUGAAUCUUCAGCCCUGAGGAGUGGGGCCCUGGGCUACGCUGGACACCCUGGAGGUCAGUGGGAAUAGGGACACCGUUGUACUUGAAUGUUACCCCCACACUUGGGGCCUACUCAGGCUACAGCUUUGUGGGAGGGUUCUGAGCCUUGAGCUCUGUCCAAAAUCUGGCGGGGUGCCCCCCACCCCCAUGCCUGAGGCCCCUCUCAGGGCAGACCAGUGGUGUCCUCUGCAUCUGGGGUGUCUCUUGGUCUUAAUUCUGACCAGACCAAGCUCUUACCACCCUGCUUCCUGGAUCAGAAGGUCAGACACAGGGUCUCGGGGAUGUUUUCCAUCUCAAAGCAGAUGCUCCUGGGGCCCCAGACCCCAGGGAAGGGUUUGGAAGGGCCGAUUCUGGCGGCCCCUGUGUUUGAUCUCCCUUCCCCCUCCUUCCGGGUCCUGAACCCGGGCUGGGAGGGUCUAUGAGACUGCUUUGAUCCCCAGAGCCCAAGGCCUGGAUGGAGGAGGGCCUCGGGUUACAGUGUCCCCUCCCCUCCCCACUCCGGCCACAGCCGGCCCUUCUCCGCCCCUCAGUAACCCUCGUGGCCAGUGCCUCCUUGCUCCGGGGCCUCAGCCCCUCCCCCCACCAACGCCCCUGCCCUAGGUUGAUCGGAGGGGCCAGGCUGGGAAAGGGGUCGAGCCAGAGCUCAGAGAGAUUUGGAACCUAGCCAGCCCUUCAUAUAAGGGCGUUGAGAGCAUCUGCUUUGGGCUCAGACCUGGGGGUCCAAAGAAGAGCCCAGAGGAUCGACUAGGGGCCCACGGUCAGGGGCGCUGACCACAGACCUGGGAGGGUGGAUGCCUGAAAGGAUCAGGUAAAGCGGGGCCUGAAGCACUGGUAGCCACACACCCCUGCCCCUGGGCCAGUGGUCCCCAUGUCAGCCCCGAGGCUGCUCCUGCCGCUACUCCUCGUGGUUGGGCUGACCUCGGAGGCCAGCCUGCUGCAGGGGCCUGGAAGCCACCCAGGCGUGUGCCCCAACCAGCUCAGCCCCAACCUGUGGGUGGAUGCCCAGAGCACAUGUGAGCGCCAGUGCGUCGGGGACCAGGACUGCUUGGCCACUGAGAAGUGCUGCACCAACGUGUGCGGGCUGCAGAGCUGUGUGGCUGCCCGCUUCCCAGAGGGUGGCCUGGCGACGCCUGCGCUGGUGGCCUCGUGCGAGGGCUUCUCGUGCCCACAGCAGGGCUCUGACUGCGACAUCUGGGACGGGCAGCCUGUGUGCCGCUGCCGUGAUCGCUGUGAGAAGGAGCCCAGCUUCACCUGUGCCUCAGAUGGCCUCACCUACUACAAUCGCUGCUACAUGGAUGCGGAGGCCUGCCUACGUGGCCUCCGCCUGCAUGUCGUGCCCUGCAAACACAUCCUCAGCUGGCCACCCAGCAGCCCAGGGCCACCUGAGACCACUGUCCGCCCGACACCUGGGGACACCCCUGUGCCACCUGCCCUCUAUAGCAGCCCUUCCCCACAGGUGGUGUAUGUAGGGGGCACUGCCAGCCUCCACUGCGAUGUCAGUGGCCGUCCACCACCCGCUGUGACCUGGGAGAAGCAGAGUGAUCAGCGGGAGAACCUGAUCAUGCGGCCAGACCAGAUGUAUGGCAACGUGGUAGUCACCAGCAUUGGGCAGCUGGUGCUUUACAAUGCCCGGCCUGAGGAUGCUGGUCUCUACACCUGCACUGCACGCAACGCUGCCGGCCUGCUGCGGGCUGACUUCCCACUCUCCGUGGUCCAGCGGGAUCCAGCCAGGGACAGGGCCCCCAGCACCCCUGCUGAGUGCCUGCCCAACACACAGGCCUGUGCUGGCCCCCUCUCUGGCCGUGUCCUCUGGCACUUUGACCCACAGCGGGGUGGCUGCAUGACCUUCCCAACUGGCAGCUGUGAUGGAGAUGCCCAGGGCUUUGAGACCUACGAGGAGUGCCAGCAAGCCUGUGCCCACGGACCCGGGGAUAACUGCGUGCUGCCGGCCGUGCAGGGCCCCUGCCAGGGCUGGGAGCCACGCUGGGCCUACAGCCCGCUGUUGCAGCAGUGCCACCCCUUCGUGUAUGGUGGCUGUGAAGGCAACGGCAACAACUUCGAGAGCCAAGAGAGCUGUGAGGAUGCCUGCCCUGUGCCGCGCAUGCCGCCCUGCCGGGCCUGCCGUCUCAGAAGCAAGCUGGCGCUGAGCCUGUGCCGCAGUGAUUUUGCCAUCGUAGGGCGGCUCACAGAGGUAGUGGAGGAGUCCGAGGCGGGCAGCAGUAGCAUUGCCCGCGUGGCUCUAGAUGAUGUGCUCAAGGAUGACAAGAUGGGCCUCAGGUUCUUGGGCACCAAGUAUCUGGAGGUAACGCUGAGUGGCAUGGACCGGGCCUGCCCCUGCCCCAAUGUGACAGCGGGUGAUGGCCCGCUGGUUAUUAUGGGUGAAGUGCGAGACGGUGUGGCCGUCCUGGACGCUGGCAGCUACAUCCGCAUUGCCAGCGAGAAGCGCAUCAAGAAGAUCUCAGAGCUGCUAGAGAAGAGGGCCUGCGAGUUACUCAACCGCUUCCAGGACUAGCCCCACCUACCUGUCCCUGUCAUUCAGUCCUCCCAGCCCCCUCAAAUAAAAAUGUUUCUCAGGAGGGAACUUGUGGGUGCCGGUGCUGAGCCUCCCAGGGUUACUAUUUUUCCCUCUUUCAGUCUGUAAUCCAGCUGGGGUCCUGCCACCAAACUGGGGCUUUGGCUCCAGUCCAAAAUCACCAGAGACUCCCUCCUGGGGAGCCUCCUGUCUC